AUGUCGUUACGAAGACACUCUUCCACCGACCAGGAUGUAUUAUCGGAGAUUCUAAGGUCGGUAAAAUCAUUUGAUAUAAGAUUAAAACAAAUUGAAAACGAAAGGCGUUCGCCGCAUCGUAGUCGUUCCAGACAUAGAUCGAAAACAUGGCGAAAUCGCUCGUUUUCUCGCCGUUUGAAUUCGUCUGAUAGCAGUGGUGGUUCUGGCGCCAGAACCUACCACCGAGAUGAUCGUGAAAGAGUGAGACGGAAGGGCUCACGUCAUCGUCGCCGGGUGCUGCCGACAUCAUCGUCCUCUAACUCUAGUAGAUCGCCGUCAAGGGUGAGAGGGGACUUGGCGCAACCGAAUGUAAAUAAACAUCUGGUGGAGGUCGUUGACGAUGUACAUAUGAUCUCAGAAAACGAUUUGCAUCCAGUUGGUGGUAUGGAUCUCCAAGAGCCCCCAAACAAACAGCUGCAGGCUCUUUUGGGCGAUGAGUGUGAAACUCCGAUUCUUUUUGCGCCAUCAUUACAUAAUGAUAUUGCCAGCCGCUGGAAUGUUAUAUUAAGGAAGGGUUUGGACUUGGACAAAAGGAAGGAGGUUAUAGCUAAGUACGCUCCACCAGAAAACUGUAAAAAUGUUUUGCCUCCUAACCUUAACCUUCAUGUUAAAGGAGCAUUAACAGACUCGAAUGAGAGAAGGGAUGCUCGUCUUUCCAGUUUACAGAGCCAGGUGGGUGCCGGAAUUGCAGCUAUUGGCAAGGUCUUAUCUAGCCUUUAUGAAAAAGGCGAGGAAAGAGAUAAGGAGAAUAUUCAAGCGCUUAGUGAUGCAGGUCGCAUUCUGGCGGACGUUCAUUACCAGGAGACUAUAUCUCGUAGAGAUCUGGUGUUGUUAAACAUCAACAAGGAUUUAAGGGACACGCUUUCAGAAUCCCCUCCCGAUGAAUGGCUUUUUGGUGGUAAUUUGGAGGAGGCAAUUAAGGCCAAGAAGACCAUUGACAUUUCCAGCCAGCAGCUAAGAUCCAAGAAGGGGGUUGUCAAAUCGGGGAGCUUACAGGAGUGGACCGCCGCAGCCUCGACAAGCUCCGCGACCAAGGACCCAGUUCCGGAAAAAACCAGAUCAGUGGCAGAUGAGAAAGGACAGGCGUCACUAGAGGCAAGUAAAUAUGCAGGUCGCUUAAAAUUUUUUAUAAAUAGGUGGAAAGAUAUUACCAAGGAUAACGUUGUUUUAUCUUGGCUGGAAGGUUAUUCCAUUCCCCUUAUAAGUAUGCCUAAUCAAACCUAUGUAUGCGCUGAACAUAAAUGGUCUCCCUUGGAGAGGCUUGUAAUAAAACACUCUGUAAAUGACCUUUUGUUAUCUGGUGCAAUUAGUUCUGCAUCUCCAUGUGAGAAUCAAUUUGUGUCAAACAUUUUUCUAGUGCCAAAGACUGAUGGGUCAUAUAGGCUUGUUUUAAACUUAAAAAAUUUUAAUAGGUUUGUGAAAACUAAACACUUCAAAAUUGAGGACAGGAAAACUGUCUCUAGUUUAAUUAUACCCAAUUGCUACAUGGCCACAGUGGACCUUAAGGAUGCAUACCUGCUUGUCCCGAUAAGAGAAGGUCAUAGGAAAUAUUUAAGGUUCUUUUUUGAGGGCUCUUUAUACCAAUAUAAUUCCUUGCCUUUCGGUUUAAGCUCCGCUCCUUUUGUAUUUACAAAAAUAAUGAGGCCUGUUGUAUCAUUUUUGCGAGAGAGAGGCUAUACUUCGGUGAUUUAUUUAGACGAUAUCUGGCUGCUGGGUAACUCAUUUGAUGAGUGUUUAGAAAAUGUUCAGACAACCGUUGGGCUAUUAGAAUUUCUGGGAUUUGUGAUUAAUUAUAAAAAAUGUUGUUUAAUACCAUCUCAGCGCUGCACAUACUUGGGAUUUACAUAUAAUUCUCUCUCUAUGUUGGGCCCUACAGAUAGGAAACGCAAAUAUUUAAUGGACUGUGUUUUGAAGAUUACUAAGAAAAAAUCUUGUAAAAUACGGGAAUUAUCUCAGUUGAUCGGCAAACUCGUUGCUGUUUGUCCGGGCAUUAAAUAUGGUUUUCUUUACACUAAAAUCUUAGAACGUGCAAAAUUUUUAGCUCUUAGAAAAUCAGGAGGUAAUUAUAACGCCAUUAUGACCUUGCCCGAAUCUAUUUUUAUUGACUUAAGAUGGUGGACUGACCACUUAUUUCUGGCGACAAACUCCAUUCGAGUUGAUUCGUUUUGUCUUGAAAUUUUUUCGGAUGCGUCCUUGACAGGAUGGGGUAUAUAUCAAAAAGACUCCAGGUGCAGCUAUGGGUUUUGGUCGGAGGCUGAGGCUCACUUCCACAUUAAUUACUUGGAAUUGCUGGCAUUAUUUUUUGGUUUAAAAUGUUACGCGGGACAUUUAAAAGAUUGCCAUAUAUUGUGCAGAGUUGAUAACACUACGGCAAUGGCCUAUGUUAAUCGGAUGGGUAGUAUUCAACAUCCUAACCUUAAUGCUCUUGCCAGAGAAAUUUGGCAGUGGUGCGAGCAGAAAAACAUUUAUAUUCGUGCUGCGUACAUUCCAUCAGUGGAUAAUGUGGAAGCGGAUAUAGCCUCUCGACAACUUAAAAUAGAAACGGAGUGGAGCUUGUCUAAUUAUGCUUUUCAUAAAAUUGUAGAAACUUUUGGUGUUCCAACCAUUGACCUUUUUGCUAGUCGAUUGAAUAAAAAAUGCAAAAGAUUUGUAUCUUGGUUGAGGGAUCCAGAGGCAUGCUCCGUUGAUGCCUUCACCAUAUGUUCGAAGAACUCCUCACCCGCUAUCCAAAGACCUUUUCCUGGUGGUCGGGAGGUUGUCCUGGAAGCGCUCAGGUUGAAAAAAGUACCAGCUCAGUCUUUGGAUAUAUGUGUCGCCUCCGUUACAACUGCAACCAUUAAUCAGUAUGCGUCUGGUUUAAAGGCUUGGUGGGAGUUCUGUCAGGCAAAGAAACUGGAUCCUUAUACUGUGGAGGUCGCGAACGUCUUAAUAUUUUUAGCCGAGCUUUUUAAUAAGGGGGCCUCUUAUAGCCUUUUAAACACCUAUAGAUCGGCUAUCGCACAAAUUUCUGGCCCAGAAUUGGCCCAGGAUUUUCGCUUAAAACGAUUUUGUAAGGGUGUUUUUGGUUUUAGACCUACGCGUCCCAAGUAUGAGUUCUCUUGGGAUCCUGCGCAGGUUUUGGAUUUUGUCCGUAGCUUAGAGACCAGCUCAAUAUCAUUGGAGUUACUUUCGCUAAAAUGUUGCAUAUUAUUGGCGUUGGCUACGGGACAGCGCAUUCAGACUUUACAUAAUAUUGAGAUUUUGAAUAUUCAGGUUUUGGACAAACAAAUUUGUAUUAAGGUCCCUAGUCGCUUAAAGACUUCCGGUUAUAAUAAGUCCCAGCCUUUUUUAAUUAUUCCAUUUUUUGACAAUGAUACAAAUAUUUGUGUAGCUAGAACGCUAGUUGCUUACUUGGAAAGAACCCGAGAAUUAAGAGGUUCUUGCCAGUACUUAUUCAUAACUUUUAAGAAACCUCACCAUAGGGCCACAAGACAGACCAUAGGGCGUUGGUUAAAAAAUAUCUUAAGAUCUAGUGGAAUAGAUACUAACACCUUUUCUGCUCAUAGUACCCGGCAUGCGGCUACCUCAGCAGCGGCUAGAAAGGGAAUUAGUUUCGAUACCGGAAGUAGCGGGACUAGCUGCUGUUUAGAUAGUGUACCGGUUAAUAAUAAUGUUCCGCAGCAAAAUGAGAAUAUUGACACUUUAGAAGAAACAAGUGAAACCGCGAUUCGAAAUGAAGUGAGUGUUAAAAGUGAGAAUUUUAGUCCUGGUUCGGAACAGAAUUUAAGUAUUCCAGGUUCGGUGACACCUAGUAGGCCAAGACGUGUUGUUAAGAAACCUGCUUAUCUAGCAGAUUACACUGAUUAA